GUGACCUAUGAGGAUGUGUAUAUACAUUUCACUUGGGAUGAAUGGGCUUUGCUGGAUCCUUCCCAGAAAAAUCUUUACAAAGAAGUGAUGCUGGAUACCUACAGGAACCUCACUGCUAUAGCCAACAAUUGGGAAGACCAUAAUAUUGAAGAAGAACCUGAUCAAAUUUCUCCACAACAUGGAAGGUAUAUCAUAUGUCACAAUAGAUACAAGCCACGUGAGCAUAGGGAGAUGGAAAGAGGCAACUUACUUCCCUCUCUUUCCCAGAACAAUUAA